AAGCGGGACGGCUGGGCUCCUAAACAGCGCCCACCCCCCUGCAAGGAAACCACCGGCCCGGCGAGCAGCGAGCCGACGACUUUUUUGAGUUGCAGAUAGAGCCCUCCACACGACGGGACAGAACGGCCAGCGCUGCGCACGGGCUCUGCUUGGGUGCUCCUGUGCAGGCUUGGAAAGCCGCGCUGGACGAGAAGCAACUCCCCGGGUGCGCCCCGUUCGGCCUCCUCGGAGGACCGGCGGCUCCUGGGCCCGAGUAGUAGCGGCUAUGUACACGCCGAGGCUGGACGCUGUGCUGAGCGGCCGGGUCAUCCCUCCUCCCCGCCCCGAAAGCCCCGCUGGCUGGCUGCUGCCCAUCCGUGCCUUCGAGCCGCAAUCGCCCGCCCUCCGCUGGUUCAGAAAAGGCCACGUGUGGUGCUCAUUCAGUCGCUGCUUGACGGGGAAACGGGACCCGCCCGGUGUCCAGAAACUUGCGAGGCGCGAGCUGGCAGGGAGGAGCCCUUCCCGGCAAACAGGAACAGAUCGGGCACCAGCCGCCGCCCCCCCCCGCCUUUCCCCGGUCUCUUCUCCGAGCCGCAUCCUGAAUUGCCCGCCGGCGCCUCGCGCUCGGCCCUCCCUCCCGCCAGCCGGCCGCACACACGCCAGAGAACGAGAGGGGUCACACGCAGGCCGUUUAUUGGGGUUGAUGCAAAAUGACAAUGAACCUAACAAUGGCCAUUCUGGAGGCGCGAGCGGGACCGUCGAGCGGCGGUGGGGCUACGGCCGCGAGGGCUCGCGGGCCUGGCACGACCGCGUGAACCUCUUCAGGGGGCUGGCCCUCUUGGACUUGUGCGCGAAGCCUCGGAGCGGGCCAGGGUCUCCCGCGGCAGGGACGCCUCUUCUCGGCGAGGGGUAUCUGCAGCUGGGCGACUGACACAGGCAGGGCCAGCGCCAACCUUUCGCCUCCCAGAACCGGUCUCCGUAGUCGAACCUGGUGGGCAAGAAAGGGAGGAGUUGCAGCCGAGCAGGCCGGCCGCCUUGCCCGCCUUCGGCUCCCAGCAGCAGUUCCAGGAGAGCUCAGGAGCUGGGAAUGGGGAGGAGUCUGUUGCCGCCGCCACCCCCAGCAUCUGGCUGGCCUGCAAAGCACCUACCCAAGCUCUUCACCAGCCUGGAUGGCCCGGAUGCUGAAGAAGGCGAUGCUAGGGAUCUCGUGGCUCAAGGCCACCUGCAGGGCUACCAGGUUGGGUUGGCAUGAAUGGUUCAGGAAGCGCCCAACACUGCCAUAGAAGCGCCCAUCGAGGCAACAUUCUUGCUGGGCCUGCAAGAGGCACAACACUAAGCUUAGAGCUGCUCCAGCCCUCCUGGGGGGCACCACAGAGCCCCUCCCCACCCCAAGGUUGAGGCUGAGAUUUUACCUGCAUGUCCACCACAAAAUAAGUCUGAGGCCUCAGUGAUUGCAGCAGGGCAAAAGUCUGCUUUCUCCAGAUGCCCCCUGGUGUGGACACUGCAAGGACUUGGCCCCAGAAUAUGCAAAGGCAGCCACAAUGCUGAAGAAGGAAGGCUCCACACUGAGACUGGCCAAGGUGGAUGGGGUGGAAGAGCAAACGCUGAACACAGAGUUUGGUGUCACUGGGUACCCUGUACUGAAACUGUUCAGAGAUGGCAACCGCACCCACCCUACUGACUUCACAGGCCAGCGAGACGCGGAGGGAAUUGUGAAGUGGCUGAAACAGAAAGUGGGGCCCAGCGCUGUGCUGCUGCAGCAUGCCAAGGAGGCGGCUGCUUUCCUGGACGCCAACGUGGUGGCAGUGGUUGGGUUCUUCCAUGACCUGCAGGAUGAAGAUGUGCGCCUCUUCUAUGACGUGGCCAGCAAUGCUCCCGACAUUGCCUUUGCGCUCACUGACUGCUUGGAGCUCUUCCAGAAGUACAAUGUUACCAGUGACACAGUCUCUGUCUUCCGGCAGCAGGACGGGGCCCGGGCAGACUUCCCAACAGAUGAAGAACUGGGCCUGGAUGUGACUGCACUGGCCCAAUUCAUCAUGGUGCAGAGCCUGGAGCUGGUUAUGGAAUUUACAAGCAAGAAUUCCUCCAAGAUAUUUGGAGCAAAGAUCCAAAACCAUUUGCUGCUCUUCAUCAACAAGUCGGUGGACUCUCAGCUGGAGCUCCUGCGCAGCUUCCAGGGGGCAGCCGCUGCCUUCCGGGGUCAGGUGCUUUUUGUACUGGCCGAUGUCAAUGGGGAAGGAGCCCAGGUCCUGCACUACUUCAACCUUAAGGGCCACGAUGCACCUACUAUCCGAUUCAUCAAUAUUGAAAGCAACAAGAAGUACCUCUUGGCCACGGAAGGGCUCACAGUCCAAACCAUCACCACCUUCUGCCAGGAUGUGCUCGCAGGCAAGAUGCAGCCUCACCUGAUGAGCGAGGAGAUUCCAGAGGACUGGGAUAAGCAACCAGUUAAGACCCUGGUGGGCAAGAACUUUGAGCAAGUGGCCUUCAGUGAGACCAAAGGGGUGUUUGUGAAGUUCUAUGCCCCCUGGUGCCCCCAUUCCAAGGCAAUGGCGCCUGUCUGGGAGGACCUGGGUGAGAAAUACAAAGAUCAUGAAGACAUCAUCAUUGCCGAAAUGGAUGCCACAGCCAACGAGGUAGCAGACCUCACCAUCCAUGCCUACCCAACAAUGUACUACUUCCCUGCAGGGGAGGGCAAGAAGAGGACAGAGUACCGGAGUGCCAGAGACCUGGAAGCCUUCUCGGCGUUCUUGGAGAAUGGGGGUGAGCCCCCUUCCCAAGAGGACACAAAGGCUGCCAAGGGAUCCAAGGGGAACAGGAGGAGCGCACCAGAUGCCCCGGAGUCAAGAGACGAACUAUAGAGCCUUUGAGGGCCUUGAGUCCUGCGGCCCCACAUUGAAGUUCAAACCUACACUAGUGCGGCUCAGUUGUCAAAAACAUGAGACUCUGUAGCAUUAGCCACCUGUGCAAGUUGUGAAAUAUAUAAAUGUG